UGCACACAUUAAAAAGUUGAACCAGAUAUCGCUAUAUUAAAGAAUUUUUUCCAAUAGACCAUAGUUACCGCAUGAAUCAAUAUGUCUACCCAUUUUUUAUUUUUUGGAAAAUUGCAUCAGAUAUAUCGAUAUAUCUCGACCUGAUCAGAAGACACAACAGAGUUAUAAACCAUAUGAACAUACGGGGUUUCAAAGUUACCAAGGUCUUUCGUGGCAAAGUCAGAUCUUUAAACCAUCACUAAAGAGUUUUGCUUUUUUUUAUUAGGUUAAUUUAAAGAAAGUUUGGAGAUCCGUAGAAUAUCACAAAUCAACUGAUAUUAGGCUCAAGACCUCUGUCAUCAGAGUAUUAUCUUAAGUGCAGACAACAAUAACACUUAAUAACAUAGUCUAUUGAAUUUUAUCUAAAACUUUCUCUGCUAAUUAUCUUUUUAAAAAUUGGUACGGCCUACGUCGUAGUAUUGUAGGUUGAAGUAAGGGCCUUCAUGUUUCUAGGUUAACAUGUCAUUAUUCUGGUCGACAAUGACAAAUACACAAAUAUUAGGUGGGACAGUUGACAGAAUUAGAAUGAGGUGGAAUGUUUAUCUAAGCUCUUAUAUAUUUCUCCCUAACUUCUUACACGCAAGUCGUCUAUCACUUUGAAGACCACAAACUUGGGUUUUAAAAAGUGACACAAAUAGCUCAGUCAAAUGUUACAUGUAACAAACAAAAAUGAAACCAUAAAAUGUUCAGAUAAAGAGCCCGUCGUGAUGAGACGUUACAGUGGACAGAAAACCGUGUCAAUUAUCUAUGAUCUUCACAGAGAUCAUAACCCAUCGUUCAAACAACAACGUCGGAGUUUGAAUAAUAUCACAAUUGUCCCAGUUGAAGAACGACAGAGACGUUUAUCAUUUCGAAGAGAUAAUCAAAUUUCACUGGAACCAAUUCAGCAUGAAAUCAACCUGUCAAAGAAAACGCAUUCACUUUGCUUGACUCUACCAGUAAUUACAAUAGACAGUCGAAAAGUUGUGCCCAAACUUUCCGACAAUACUGUUAAUUACAGACCAAUGAGAAGCUGCAAUUUGAGUUAUGGAUUCAUUUUGUCUGACGAGACUUCAAAUAAUGGAGACGAUGUUUCUAGUAAAUCCAGAAAACCUCGUUCAUCUGCUUCUUCAAGUUCAUCAGUAUCGAUAUCAGGAUCUGUGCCAGCUUCAACAUCAUCAUCAGCAUCAUUUAAUCAAAGAAAACAUGUAGUAAAAGAAUUAGUGAAAACACAAGUAGACUUUGUAUCAGAUAUGAAAAAUGUCUUGACUGCAUUUGAUUCUGUUAGUUUAACGGUUACUGAAUCCAAUCGAUAUUCAUUGUUGGGAAAUUUGGAUCAAUUGGUACGUGUUUCUGAUGAUAUUUCAACGGAGUUACAAAAAGAAAUAUCUACAUAUAGUGAUGACCAACUUGGUAAUGCUUGUAUCGCAACAUGUAUAGAUUCGUUCAGAUUAUCUAUAAAUGAAGCAUUGAAGACGUAUAUCUUAAAUUUUUCAGUAGAUGCUUCCACAAAGAAUACAGAAAUUCAAACAUUUUCCGUGCUUGGUUUCAAAAAUUUACAAAGCGAACGUCCAAAUAUAUUGACUUUAAAUGAUGAAUUAAUUAAACCUGUUCAAAGAUUAGUUAAGUUAAAACAACUGUUUGAAUUAUUGAAAGAUGUAACACCGAUAAAUCAUCCAGAUUGUUUGGCAACUACUCAGAUGUUCAAUAACUUUGAUCAAUUAGCCUAUGAAGUGAAUGAAAUCAAACGAUGGAAAGAGAUUUGUGCCAGUGUUUCUGAAGAAACGCGAAAAUAUUCCCUAUUUCAAUUAGUUGACAAGAGCACUAAAAGAAUAAUAGCAAAGGCUGCACGUAGCUCAGGCUCAGAAGCUACUCGUAAAAUUCAACAAAAGUUUCUAACAGAACGAGAAGCCAUAAAUCAUAUCGAGAAAUCAUGUGCAUUAUUACAGAGUGCUGUUGAGUCUCGAUGUAAGAAAACUCGGAGAAUUAUAUUGGCACAGAAAGACUUUAUCUCUUUUAUGAAAAAAGUAUUUUUACAACGAAACACAAUUAAACUUCAUUCUGAUAUACCAACAACUAAUUGUUCAUCAAAUGAAUUACCUAUCGAUUUAAUAAUAAAUUGUGAAAUUGCAUUUGAUACGUUAAUUCAUUAUAUGAAUGAUAUAUAUUUGAGAAAAAUGUCAUCUAGUGUAGUUAAUCGUUUAAGUGAAUUGAAAAAAUUAAUAAAUCUUUCAAAGCGUCUUUUGGAUAAAUACGAUAAUACAGAAUUGAACAUUGUUUUAAUGGAAGCUUCAAUGAAAAACCAUAAAAAUGUUCAAGCUGUUGUUAAUAUGCAAUUACAAAGAGAAGACAAUAUACGAAAUCUGUCUACUUUACAGUUUGGACUACAAAAUAUUCUACCUUCAUUGGUAAAAAGUGCAAAUAGUAUUUUAUUAUCAGCUAGUCAAUACGCGUUUAUACUUCAAUCAAAUCUUAUGCAAGAAGCUGAAAAUUUAGUUCACAAAUGUAUUAACGAUACUGAAAAAGACAAUAUAUCUAUACAACCUGGAUGUAAUAUACCUCCUGCAGAACUUAUUAUUCGUGUAGAUAAAUUAAAAUCUCUUCUCUACGAAAAAAAACGUUGUCGAACUCAUAGAAUAUAUGAAGUACCUAGUGUAUUUAAAUGGGAAGAAGAAUCAACGUGUAGUGACAAGAAUAAUUUACCUCAUCAAGAAUCUCCUGUGAUGUCAGUUAGCAAUCAUCUAUCAAAUUCAGAUAUAGAUAUUCAACCCUGUCAAACGAUUUCAACUGGAAAUGUUAUUAAAAAUUCCUUAUCACCAUAUCCGGAAAUGAAAAUUAUUGUAAGUUGAAUAUAUAUUUUUUGCAUACUGUUAAAGUUCAGUGGUAGACGUAUUAGUUUAGUUUCGAUUUAAUGUACCUUGUAGAAAGACGAAAUAUAAGAUUUUUUUAUCUUUUAUGAAACAUAUUUUAUAACAAGAUUACCAAUUAAUUAAUCAUGAUUAUUGUUAGAGCUUUAGAUCUAGAGGAAUAGUCAAAUUCAUAAUGAAACCGUUAGGAUUAUGUAAAAACAUCAUUUCAUGUUGAUAUACAAGUUCUGAUUGAUAUAAAAAUCCUCCAGAUUUUUUCAAUUUCCAAUGACGCAUAACAUAUUCAUAUUCAUAAGUAUUCCCUCUUUACUGAUCAUCAUUGAUGCACUAAACAAAAUAAUAAAUUCAAAGAGUUAUUUUUGUAAAAAUGAAUAUUGUAAUGACAUACACAGAUGGUCUGUGAUGUUUGUUUGUUUUUCGUUAUAUUUACAUCAAAAAUAUGGUCUCUUAAUACUAAAUGAUACUGAUAACAAAGAUAUGUCUAUUUUCAAAACACCUUCCACAUGUUUUUCAACUAUUUGUGGGAUGAAUCCUAAGCAUAAAACUGGUAGUUUGUUCUUUUAAUUCUAUCUUCAUGAAUUCUUUAUAUGAAGUAAUGAAUUGUCUAUCCAUUUUAUGAUGUAAUCAAAAGUACCAAUAAUUCUUAAGUAAUUCCGUGUUAUUUAUUACAAUUAGGAAAAACAGCGACUUUCUAUGGUUGUAAAUCACAAAGUUUUUUCAUUCAAAAGAAAACUGUUUGAAUAGAAAGCAUCUGUGUAGUGUUUAGUACUUUGAGGGGUUUCGUGAAUAGUAAUCAACCAUGUCUUACUACCUGUUUGGUGUCCAAACUCUGUUUAAUUAAAUGUUAUGCCUAAUGCGUAAAUUUAACUACAUUGAAUUUAGUGUUUUAGGAUGUGAUAAGUAAAAUAAAUUCUUAUACAAGCAGAUGGAAGUAUUGCGGUAGACAAACGAAUAUUAUUAAAAAUCUGAACAUCGUUUCAAUGUUUCUCAGAAAUUGAAUGUGGAAUUUCCUGGUCAACUGAAUAUCAGCCUUUUAAUGUACGCUGAAGGUAAUUAACUUCCCAACCAGUGACUAAGAACAUGUGUAAAUUCAACCGAUUAUUUACCGAUAAAAAUUCAUCCAUAAUGUGUUUAGAAUAAUUAUUCAAAACAGGUGACUGUGUUUUUUUAUAUAAGACUUCGAACUUAUCGAUAUUUAUGUACUACAUUAAGGUAUGAUUUUUCAUCUGAAAACUAGUGCUAUAACCAGAAUAAUGUAGAAUAAUAAUUUGGUGCGAAUAAUGCUCUGUGACUCGAUGAGUAUGAGUAAGCUGCCAUGGAAUUUGGGUAUACUUUGACCAAAAUAUACUUUCUUAUAUUUUUCAACAUAAGGUCCAUUAAUUUUCACUUUAGAAAAAAUAUGAAACUGACAUGUCAAUCAUUUUGAAGGCAGCUACUUUUUAAUGAGUGGUAAUGCUGUUCAAGUAUAGAAUAUAAACAUUAAAGAUUAUUAUGAGAAGUUUAUGUUACAGUAGUAUUGGAGUUACAGUUCUCAUAUAUCUAAAUAAGAAUUUCGUAUUUGAAAGUGUGACCUACUGAUUAUCAUUAUUUUACUUCUCAUUUAUGUCAUAGGCUAGUUAGUGUCUUUUACGGAUUCAAAUCCGUACAAUAAAAUAUUAUUUUAGAAUUAGAUUUGAUCGAUAUUCAAAAGCAUUUUCAACGAAUAAGUGUUCAUAUGUUAAUUUUUUAAGUAAUGAAUGAAAACAUUUUGAAUAAGGAAGAUAAUUCUCUUACCACAAUAGUUACUAAAUCGAGGUACUUUUUUCAACAUCUCCGAUUAUGAGUUUAUCGUACAGAAAAGUUCUUAACAUGGAACUAAUAUUAAAGUGAUACUGUGUAGUGCCAUGUUAAUUCAUAGCUUAUUCUGGUGAAAGAAAACAGCUAACCAAUUUUAAUCGAUUAGACUAAAAUCCACAUUAAUCAGCGGAUUAUUAUUUAAGAUAGAAACAUUUGACGCAAACUAUAAUAUUUCAUUUCAUAUAUACAAGUAAUUAAAAACAUUUUUUGAAAAAUAAAUUCAUUAUUAUUCGAAUUCCUGCACUGUGUAACAGGCGAACUGUAUACUCAAAGAUUCUAAAUUAUUACUGCGUUAAUUAUGUAGUUUCAAUAUCAGUUUCUCUAGUCAAGGUUAAAUUUAGACAUGAACUGUAGGUCUUAGGCAAUAUUGGUCUUCUAAUUUCUGAAGAUAUUUUGAAUAUUGUUCUAAAAUUAGACUGACUUUUACCUUACAAUUUAUUCUUGACGGUUUUUUCUCUAUUAUAUAGUAUCGUGAGUCUGAUUACCAACAGGAGAAAAAACUGUGCAGGAUUUCUUCAGGUGAUGACAUUAGAUAUAUAAACGUGAAAGAACAACCUUCAACCUCAAAACUCUGUGUGAAUGAUGAUUUUCCCGAUAAACCAACUCACAGAAUUACUCAUGAUUUUUCGUCUAAAAAUAAAAAUGUUCUAAUAUUGUCCAAAGGUCAGUUAGUGACAAUCAUAAGAUCUUAUGGUCAAAAUGGGAAUACUAAUUGGAGUUUAGUCAAAUUUCAUCCAUGUGGUGAAAUUAAAUUCGUACCAACUAACUAUCUUGAAGCAAUAUGAAAUUCUUUUUUGGUUUCAUUUAAAAUCAUUCAUUUGAUAACGUCUUACUCAUUUUUACAAACUAAUAGUUUUUUGGCAUUAAACCAUAUAGUGGUUCUAAAUCUUGAACGACACAUAUGUCUAAUAUUCCUGUUGUCAGAUGAAUGACUUCAGUUCGUUUACUUUGUUUAACUAAGUUAAUUUAUCGUAUUAAAAUGAACGAUUACUUUUGAAUAUUUUAAUUACAGUUGUCCUAUACAGAUGGGAUUAAGUAGUAAAAUAUAGAGAUUAUUCCAUCAACUGCUUUAACUUGUGUUCAUUGUAUAAAUAUAGAACAUAUAGUGAAUUAGUUAUUCUUUUCGUUUUCAUUGUAAAUCACAAGAUAUCUGAAUCAUGUCACGCUUUUACUUCUACUGAAUCAAGCUUUUUUUAAGUAACCGACUUUAAAUACACUUCAUACAUUUAACUUCAUCUUUAGAGUUGAGCUAAACACCUUGACUUUUAAAUACCAUUUAGCAAUAACAUUAGAGUUUACCGACUUCACAAUAAUCAUCCGCAUGGAGAAAGUAUACUUGGUAUAAAUUACCUAUUUAGCUUCAGUUUGAUGAAAUAGGAGUCUUAAAAUAUUAAGAUAUCAUGUGUAUACGCCAUACAUUAUUGAUAUAUUUUAGUUUCACAUGAUAUACAACAAGAUAUCUAAAACAACAGCUAAACACGAGAAAUGUUGAUUCAUGACAAUGCGUUAUUACUAAAGUUUUUUUAGGAAGAAAUCAUAUUUAAGGAAAACUUGAAAAUGUAGUUUGAACUCGUAAGAUUUAUUCAGUUGAAAUACCUUAGUACUACUUAGAUAGACAUUCAUAUUAAUCAACACAAUGGUUUUAAGCAGACGAAUCAAUGUAUAUCAGAUAGUGUCGAAUAAGUAGACAGACGGUAAAUCAGUAAGUCAAAUCUUAACUUUAGACGCAUUCAGAAGCGGUAAUCAAACAAAUUAGUUAGCAACUAUAAUGUAUACAAACAAGCAUUCUGUUUCAAAAGACAUUGAUGAAAAAAAUAAGAAUCCUGUAUGAUAUAUGCUCCAGCCAAUUCUCCCCUAUAAUUGUUGUCUAUAAUGUUUUUCCAUUGAACACGUUUUCCGCCGCUUUAAAGAAUUCUUAUAGCGCAUAAUCAGAUGCGAAGGAAGUGGUAGUGGUAAAUAAACCCACAAAAUCAGUAGCUCUGUACGUCUUCGACAUUUUUGAUUCUGACCCCAUCAGUUUUAAUGCACAAAUCUAUCUGAAGGCUCCCGGUCACGUAUCCGCACCAGAUCACGAAUGGGUACGUCGUGCUAUGCAUCUCUUACAACUGUUAUCCAGAUUGUAACAAAUGCUCCUCGAUAUAUCGAUAGCUUUCCAGACAUAACUUUGGACUCCUUCAUUUCUGUCUUCUAAUCUGACUGAGUUGGUAUCCUCCAAAUAUGAAAGUGUUAGGUGUAAAGGUGUUUUCAAACUCCGAAUUCUUAUGACGUCUUCAGUAGUGAGCUCGUCGUUAUCUGGCACACCAAAUAGUGGACUGUGUAUUUGUUCCCUGUUGGAACAUUGUAUAUCAUUUAGUAAUUUUUAUUUUCACAUAUUGUGAUAUUGUCUUCAUAUUUUCAGAUAUCUUUUCUCGCGCAUCGCUGUGCUUGUAUUUAUCAUGACGGAAUAGACUCCUAAGUUAUUUGAGAUUAAGAUCCUUUCGCCUCCCACAUUUCAGCUGAUGCAAUCAUGGCCCGACAAUAUCAAAACCUGGUUCUGCUAUGCAAAGGCUGGCUUCCACGAGCACGGCGUGACCGAUCCAUGUGCACAACUUCCCGCAGUAGAGAAGGUACUACUAUGUGUUUUCAACUGAUACGUCACACCUAGUAUGUUUACUAGUGAUGUUUCGGAACCUUACGAAACUUUAAAAAAACUAUCCCUGAACGUGGAUAUCUAGUCGGACGACAAAGCUGAGACUAACUCUUCCACAACAUCAACCUGCAACAUCACUCGGCAACAGAAAUGUUGCUGCGAGUGAGAGGCUAUUGGUCAACGGACAUUUGAUGAAGGCCUGCCGGAACAGCGAUCGUUUUCUAAGUUCCACAAGGAAGCUCGUCACGGAAAAUAUCUGUCUCUAGACCGAGAGAGGCAGAUAAUCCUAAAUAGUGUCAGAAACACAAUACGUAUGGUAAGUCUACUCGAAAUUGCACAAAACCCUGCAUUUUUCAGAGCUCUGAAUCAUCCACCACCGAAAACUCUUCGGUAACCUUCCCGGGCCUGCACGCGUCAAUGUCAACCGUAGAGAGUAAACAUAGCCGUUUUUUACACUACUGAUGUAAUGGCGAAAUGUCAUCAUCUCGUAACCAGCAAUGUUAUAUGCCGAAUCACGACUACAUGAAUACUUGUUUUCGUGAAAUCGCACCGAAUAGCUCCCGAAAAGCUAAGGUUGGUCAAAGUCAAGUUCCACCAUAUGAAAAACUUCGGAAUCAGUCGGCCAUUGAACAGUUCAUGGGCAUCUCCCUUACAAUGGUUCGUAAACUGGACAGCAACGAUUGGCGUCCGACCGAUGACUCUCGGCAACUGAAUGCGAAAGCCAUUCCUCAUCGGUACCAGUUGCUUCACAUGCACGAUUUGAGGGUUACCUUAAAAAAUACAACUGUCUUUUCGAAAAGCGACCUGGUUAAAGCGUAUAACAAAAUUACCAUGGCUGCUAACUAUAUUUCCAAAACCGCUAUCGUCACCCCCUUCAGACUCUACAAAUAUUUGCGCAUGCCUUUCGGUUUGAAAAAUGCCGCACGAACUUUCCAGGGAUCCGCUGAGAACGUCAGUUCAGGUAUUAACCUCGUAUAUGUGUACAUACAUGAGUGCUCUAUUGCACGUCUGAACAGGGGAUCUUAUCUUCAACACUUGUACCUUGUUUCUGAACGACCGCAAAGGACAGCAUUACUGUGGACACUCAGAAAUGUCAAGUCGGCACCGACUACCUAUAUUUUCUUAGACACGCUACUGAUAUUCAGGGCAUUCGCACUCUGAAAAUUGAAACAGCGGCCAUUAUGGCUUGCCAAGAACCGACCGUAGCCAAGCAAUUUCGUGCGUUCGAUGGUCUGGUAGGUUUUUAUCGACGGUUUAUGUAUGUUAUAUAUGUCAUGAGACGUCUAAUGGACCAGCUUCGUAGAAAUGAACAAAUCAUCAAUUUAGACGACGGCGAGAAGGAAGCAUUCUCCACACUUAAGGAACUUCUUACUAAAGCAACUAUGCUCGCAAACCAGAACAAAGAAGCACAAAUCACUGUCGUAGUAGACGCAUCCAACUCAACAACCGGAAGAGUUUUACGACAAUGAGUAAACAACAGUUGGCAACCUAGUGCAUUAUCAAGACAGUUGCAAAACAACAAAUCUCGGAGUGGCAUUCUAAGUGAGGAACUCUUUACUAUAUAUUAUGCUGUAAAGCACUUUCGACACUAUGGAAGGCCGAGAACUCACUCUGUUUACCGAAUGAGUUCGUGAACUCCCUUAAAUUCCAUAAGUACCGUGUCAGCUUUUAAGAACUUAUCACUUCUUCUAUAAGCGAUUUGUUUAGUCUAUAGUGGUCGAUAAAAUGGUACGGUAAAAAAGUUAGAUUUUUUAUAGCCGCCCGCCAUUCUGUUUAAACGACAAUGAACGGCUUCACAAAAGGCGCUCAUUGCUUAGUUCAAGUGUUGUGGGUUUGUUGGGUGUCCGUUGGUUUGCACGAAUAUCAGAUGUUCUGAUAUUUAAGUGGUCUUUCGCUGCGGUAAAACAACAAAAUUACUGCAAAGAACACUGAUUUAGCUCUCUUUGUCUUAUGGUGCACAUGUGGGAUCGAUUGUUGCUUCAUAACUUGUUUAUUUCCUCUUGGAUUACUGAUGAAAUAUAGCUUUCUUUCGUGGGAGAAAAGAAUGAAUAAACUACCUUCAGGUCAUCGGUAAAAAGGAAAUGUUUGUGUGGGUUCUUGGAAUCGCUAGAAUAUUCUCCUUAUUGCGUAGAUUGUGGGAUGAUAUCAUAAGGUAUGAAAGGGUGGAUACCGAAGAGUAGGAAAUACCGUUAAUGAGUCGGUAGAUAAAGACAAGGUUUAAUUUGAUACGUCUGAUCCAAAGAGGUUCUAAGUUGAGUUGUUGACAUCUUUCGUAAUGGUCUUUGUUAUCGGAAUACCUAAGAACAGUUUUGGUGAACUUUCUUUGAACACCUUCAAUUCUAAUCAGAUCAUUAUGCCUACAAUUACUGUAAACUAAAAUACCAUAUUCAAGAAUGGGUUAGAUACAUUUUCUGUAUAGUAACAAUCUCGAUUCGAUAUUAUUGAAGUUUAUCAUUAUCAAUCCGAUGAGCUUUCUAGCUUUCGAUAUUUGAGAUAUAAUGUGUUCAGAAAAGUUCAGACUGUUGCUAUAUCUUAAACCCAGGUCACGAACAGUGUUGAGAGGUUUGAGUGUAUGUGUAUGUACAGUCAGAUUUAAGUUAAGACAGCGACCAAUGUGAAUAAAUCCACUUUUGUCAACAUUCAGUGGCAUAUUCCACGAAAUAGUCCAUUCGUACAACUUGUUUAUUUCCUCUUGGAUUACCGCUGAAAUAUGGCUUUCUUUCGUGGGAGAAGAGAAUGAAUAAACUACUUUCAGGUCAUCAGCAAAAAGGAAAGGCUUACUAUACUGAAAGAGGGAACACACUUCAUUGAUAAAAAGAAGAAAGAGUAAUGGACCAACCACACUUCCUUAUAUAACCCCACUGGUUACAUUUACAGGAUUAGAGUAGCAAGAUCCAAAGCGAACGAUUUGGCUACGUUCUUCUGUAUGCGAAAUGAAGAGAGUUUUAAAAGAAGAAGUUUGUGUGAGACACUGUCGAAAGCCUUACUAAAAUCGAAGUAAAGAAUUAUCACUGACUGACCAGCAUCUCUUCUCUGGGUAAUUUGAUCAAAAAUAUCCAGGUGCGAUGUGAAACAUGAGCGUUUAGUCCUACACCCUGUUGGGAUGGGCUGAUCAGACUAGCCGAAAGCAAAAAUGAUAAUAGCUAUUUGCGGAUGAUUUUUUCCACGGUUCUUGAGAGCACGGAUAAUAAAUUAAUUGGCCUAUAGUUAAUAAUAUCACUACGUGAUUCUGUUUUGAAUCUAGGGGUGAUAAGGGAUGUUUUCCAUACAUAUAUCAAGUACAAGAAUAGACGGAGAAAAAUAUAUAUAUCCAAAAACACGGAAAAAAUAUCACAAUAUACAAAGACUCAAAUAAAGCAGUGAUGUAUAAAAUCCCAAAAAGGAACAGACCCACAGUUUGCAAGUUAGUGUACCAGAUCACGUUGGGCUCACCAAUGAAGAUGUCACAGGUAUUCGGAGUUUGACAACGCUUUAACCAGUAACACCUAAUAUGAAGCGUACCCACCAAGUGAAAUCAAAAGACAGGAGCAAGGAGGCUUGAAGAUAUAUUUGAUAGAUCAUCAAUAUAUAGAGGAUCGAGUGAUGUAGGCUGGCCAGCGAUUGCAGGGGUUGUUAAUCACGGUAAUCCCACUCGUGAUCUGGU